GUCAGGGGACCCUGUGAAACCGGGGCGCAGGCAGCCCAGCGCGCCCCACGGACCAGGCGGGCUGAGUCCCCCCCCCCCCCCCCCCCCAGCGCUUAACUGGGGCACAAGCAGGGGCAGAGAUGGCGCUGGCCCGGCUCGGGAAGGUGUUUCCCAAAACCAGCAUCCUCUUCCUGUGCGACAUGCAGGAGAAGUUCCGGCCCAACAUCGCCCACUUCCCCCAGAUCGUGGCCGUGGCAGCGCGCAUGUUGCAGGUGGCACGGCUGCUGGAGAUCCCGGUGGUGGUGACGGAGCAGUACCCCCAGGGGCUGGGCCCCACAGUCCCUGAGCUGGGGGCCGAGGGGCUGAAGAAGUUCCCCAAGACCUGCUUCAGCAUGCUGGUCCCGGAGGUGGAGCAGGAGCUGGGGGCACUGCCCCACCUACGCUCUGUGCUCCUGUGUGGCAUUGAGACCCAGGCCUGCAUCAUGAGCACAGCGCUCGACGCCCUGGAGCGGGGACUGGAUGUUCACGUGGUGGCCGAUGCAUGCUCCUCCAGAAGCCAAGUGGACCGGCUGGCGGCCCUGUCCCGCCUACGGCAGAGCGGUGCCUUCAUCACCACCAGCGAGGGGCUGAUCCUGCAACUGGUCAGAGAUGCUGCCGACCCCCGCUUCCGACAGAUCCAGAAGUUCAUUAAGGACCCGGCCCCGGACAGCGGCCUCCUCUCCCUGUUUCCGGGACAGAGCCCCGGCUUCAGCUAACCCUGCGGCCCCCAGACCCCGUGGCCUGCCCCCCAAGCACAUGGGAGCAGGGCAGGGCUGGAAUAAACCCUUCAAUUCAGUGA